UUGUACUGGUGUGGAUUGGAUCUUGUUUCUGUAUCAUUAUACACUCAGUCGAGCAGUAGAUACCUAGGUAAGAUCUCUCUGUCCCUCCACCUCUCAUGGCAUGAAUGAUUAAGCACCCGGCCUGCAGAGCUCUGCACCUUGGUCAGCAUGGACAUGUACAUAUCGUGCACAGGCCUCCUCUCAGCAUCUUCAUCACACGUACGACUGCUGCAGCCUGAAUGAACAAGUUAAUCCAGGGGAACAGACAGCCAAUGUGUGUUGAUUCCAAUCACACAAUCUGGACUUUUGCCAACAAACGGACAAAAAUCAAGUGGUUACUGGCUUAUUGACUGUCUUCAUGUAAGCAGACACUCAGGUCUGGUCUGACUGCUAAGAUUUUGGAUUCUAACUGACGGGAACACAGAACUUCAACAAUGCAGGUUCAAUUGGACAUGGAGGGUGCCUUGACAGCCAGGGAUCAUGUUGGAAUCCAGGAUUUUGUCCUUCUGGAUGAGACCACAGAGACAGCUUUUCUGGGCAACCUCAAGAAACGCUUCAGCAAAGAUCUCAUAUAUACCUACAUUGGCACUCUGUUAGUGUCAGUCAACCCUUAUAAAGAGCUGGACAUCUACAAUAGCAAACAGAUGGAUCUCUACAUGGGUGUCAACUUUUUUGAGCUUCCACCACACAUCUAUGCUUUGGCAGACAACACCUACCACACCAUGUUGUCAGAGUUCAACAAUCACUUCAUCCUCAUCUCUGGGGAGAGUGGUGCUGGGAAGACAGAGGCCUCCAAAAAGAUUCUGCAGUAUUAUGCCGUCAGCUGUCCGAGCACCACUCUGCUUAAUACCGUCAGGGACAAAAUGCUCAAAUCCAACCCAGUCCUAGAGGCUUUUGGCAAUGCUAAAACACUGAAAAAUGACAACUCAAGCCGGUUUGGGAAGUAUAUGGACAUUCAGUUUGACAGUCAGGGGGAUGCAGUUGGAGGUCAUAUCCUGAACUACCUGCUGGAGAAGUCCAGGGUUGUCCAUCAGAAUCACGGCGAGAGAAACUUCCACAUCUUCUACCAGCUUGUGGAUGGGGGAGAGGACAACCUGCUGAAACGCCUGGGCUUGGAGAGAGACUGCCAGCAUUACAACUAUCUAACGCAAGGAGAGUGUGCCACUGUGCCGUCCAUUAAUGACAAAAAUGACUGGAAGACGGUAAAAAAUGCACUGCAGAUCAUUGACAUUGAUGAGUCAAAUAUUAAUAACUUGUUUGAGAUUGUUGCAAGCGUACUGCACUUAGGGAACAUUCAGUUUGAUGCUGACACUAAAGGCCACGCUAACCUGAACAACGACACGGAGCUCAACUGGGUCUCAACUCUGUUAGGAAUAGAUGGCCAAAGUCUCAGAGAAGGACUAACGUACAGGAAGAUUGAAGCCAAAACAGACCAGGUCCUUACUCCAUUCACCACUGAUCAUGCCAUUUAUGCCAGAGAUGCCCUGGCCAAAGCCAUCUAUGGACAGACCUUCACCUGGCUGGUCAACAGAAUCAAUGAGUCCAUGGAAAACAAGGACUCCUCCGGAAAAAGUGUCAUCGGACUGCUGGACAUAUAUGGAUUUGAGGUUUUCUAUGUAAACAGUUUUGAACAAUUCUGCAUCAACUACUGCAAUGAGAAACUGCAGCAGCUUUUUAUCCAGCUGACACUCAAGGCUGAGCAGGAGGAAUAUGAAGCAGAAGACAUUGAGUGGGAACCAGUGCAGUUCUUCAACAACAAGAUCAUCUGUGACUUAAUUGAAGAGAGACACGCAGGAAUCAUAUCAGUUCUGGAUGAGGAGUGUCUCCGACCGGGAGAUGCCACAGAUCUCACCUUCCUGGAGCGACUGGAAGACAAGAUGGGGACCCACCCUCAUUUUGUUACCCACAAACUGGCCGACAAAAUGACACGUAAGACUCUGGAGAGGGGCGAUUUCCGUCUCUUGCAUUAUGCCGGAGAGGUCACCUACUGCGUUGUGGGUAAAAGAAACCACAAUCUCAGCCUCAGUUAUUUGAGCUCAAACCAUGCACCGCUUUUUAUUUUUCAAAUGACCCUGAAGCCUCUUCAUUGUUGUUUCUGUGACAUUGUAGGUUUCCUGGACAAAAAUAAUGACCUGUUAUACAGAAACAUAAAAGAUCUGAUGUGUCAUUCUAAAAACGCAAUCGUCACAGAGUGUUUCUGCACCAUGGAUCCAGACAGCAGACGUAGACCAGAGACAGUGGCAACUCAAUUUAAGAGCAGCCUGUUGAAACUGACAGAGAUCCUCAUGGCUAAGGAGGCCUGGUACAUACGCUGUCUCAAAAGCAACGAGUCCAAGCAGCCAGGGCAGUUUGAUGAAGCCCUGAUCAGGCACCAGGUGAAGUACCUGGGCCUGAUGGAACACCUCAGAGUCAGACGGGCUGGAUUUGCUUAUAGACGCAAAUAUGAAGUAUUCCUAAAGAGAUAUAAACCGCUGUGUCCGGCCACAUGGCCACACUGGAGAGGAAUUCCUGCCGAUGGAGUGGAAGUGCUGGUACAACAUCUGGGCUACUUGCCAGAUGAGUAUAAAAUGGGACGAACCAAAAUAUUCAUUCGCCAUCCGAGGACACUUUUUGCAACAGAGGAUGCUUAUGAGAAAUGUAAACAUGAACUGGCAACGCGGCUCCAGGCUAAAUACAAAGGAUACAAAGCAAAGGGAGAAUUCAGAAAGCAGAAAGAAGCUGCCACUAAGAUUGAAACAUGCUGGAGAGGAGCGCAGGCUAGAAAGGAACGAGAGAAGAGAGCCUGGGCUGUCAAAGUCAUUAAGAAAUUUAUUAAAGGGUACCUGACCAGAAGAGAAGCAAAAACCACAGAUAACUCAGAGUAUCUUCUCUUUGUGAGACAAAGUUACCUGAACAGGCUUAAAAGCAAUCUGCCAAAAACAGUUUUGGACAAAACUACGUGGCUCACACCACCACCUGUGGUAAAGGAGACGUCAGAAAUCCUGCGGAAACUUCACAUGCGUCUUAUGGUGCGAAAGUAUGUGCAAGGAAUUACCCCUCAGAAGAAAGCACAGUUUCAGAUGAAGCUUAUCACCAGCUCUAUUUUCAAAGACAAAAAGGACAGUUACCCACAGAGUGUCGCUCAGCCGUUCGUGGACACCAGAAUCAGUGAACAAGACAUAAACAUGAGGGUCCUUCAGAUGAUCCGUAAAGAGCACAUUAAGUACAGCGUUCCUGUGAUAAAGUACGACAGGAAUGGCUUCAAACCGAGGCCACGGCAGCUCAUCCUCACACAGGCAGCUGCAUAUGUCAUUGAGGAAGCCAAAAUCAAACAGAGAGUGCUGUACACCACUCUCAAAGGUAUUUCUGUCAGUAACCUGACUGACUGCAUCAUUGUUUUCCACAUAACACGUGAAGACCAAAAAGCAAAGGGGGACCUGGUAAUACACUGUGACCACUUGUUUGAGUUGCUGACAAAGCUCUGCAUCAUUGCCAACAAACACAACAUGAUCAAAGUGGUUCAGGGCAGUAUUAAGAUUGAAAUCCAGGCUGGGAAAGAGAACUCUGUGGACUUCAGCACUGGCCAGGAGCCCAUGGCCUACAAGGCCAAGAACGGACAUCUCAUGGUGGUCUCCACCCGUGCUCGAGUGAGGUAAUGUGUGUGGCAGUGGACCGGACACACAAGAUGGCUCUGCAUAUUUCAUCAGGCGCCCCUCAGUGGGUCCAUCAACAAUUCCACAAGACCCAUAUCUGACCAGAACAUCAACACUUUAGACCCUGGAUAAAUUUGUUGUGUAACAU